AACAAAGGAUCGAAAGUGUGGUUGUAAACGGAAAGUGUGGCUAAACCUUAACAACCAACCUCAUGAAACAAUGGACGCUGUGUGUGUUUCAUUUCACCUUUCAAAUAUUGUGUUGUAUUCUAAACUAAAAAGGCACAAGCCAGAAUCCCCGUGAGCAGUGACACACCACAGUGAAACGCAUACUAAAACGUACUAGGUAGCAGCGUUUUACGUAGUACACAUCCGCACACAUAUAAAACCGUGUCGUGUCGGGUAUUACUUACGCAUUCGGAUUUGGGGGGGAAAACACAAUAGAGUAAUGGUUUGCGAGGAAUCGUCAUCGCAAACAGCUCCAUCCUCGGAGCUCUUCAAAAUCGCUUCGUCUUCCUCUUCCGCCGAAUCCAACUUUCGUGAACUCGAUGAUGCAUUCCUCCAGUGUGAAAAUAUUUAUAGUAUCAAAAUUAAAGUCGAGAAACAUCUCUUGCUUAUUUAUGGAGGAGCUUUCUAUUCUUCAAUGUGGAAUUUGGGAUGGUAAAUGGUAGCGGGUUCUGUUGGCAACUGGCGCCAGACUGCAAACUUCAGCUUUUAAACAAUGUAAAGUUAAAGAACCAAACGAGAAUUUGGCUAGGAGAAGUAUUGCAGAUAAGACUAGAUGAGCAACUCAUUAUAUCAGAACUACUUGCGGAUGGAGAAUUGCUGUUUCAAGUGUCAAAAGUGGUGUGGAAAUUGCUGUUGUCAAAGCAUAUGGAGCUAAGGCAUACGAAAGCAUACAAAAUCCAGCCAUUUGCUUCUAAGAACAUUGCGAGAUAUAGGCCUUAUUCUAAUGUUGAUUCAUUUCUGAAGAUUUGCAAAAUUUUGGGAUUGACUGGGGUUGAUCUCUUCUCUCCAUCAGAUGUAGUUGAGAGAAGAAAUACUCGAAAAGUUUGUAUGUGUAUACGCUCAUUCUCCAAAAAAUCAAGAUCUAUGAAUAUAAAUGUUCCAGAUUUUGACAUUGUGACACGUAUGGUAGCCAUGCCCAAGGAUUUGGUUGGAUGUAGGCGUAGAAGCAUAGAGCUAUCUCAUAGCAUCCUAGCUGAUUCCUCUUGUAGCUAUUACUUACAAAAACUUGCAAGAAGAAAAUCUAGACAGGGUUAUUCCAUCAUAGGUUCCACCGGAGACAACGAGACACAUUCUGGCCAAUCUGUGGACCCAGAAAACAAACAUUUAGUAUUUCAAUAUGAUGACUUACAUACUGAUGACUUGUAUGAUUAUACAUCAGAGAGAAACUACAUAGCAUCUCCAAUGGUUGAACACGUUUAUAUGCCUGAAGAUUUAGAUCAAUUGAACAUUCAAAACCAAGAAAAUUUUAAUGAUGACUUUGAAUUGUUAUGUUCAAUGGAAUCAUUGGAAUAUCCUUGCUCUGAGGAUAUAGAGCAUGCUUGUGAGCUGACUUUGCCAUCAUCCCCCCAAGGGGAUUUACAUACUGACCUUAUUGAUAUGACAUCUCAUUUAGAUACUAAAACGGAACAAGUCCAAGAAAGUAGAAGUAUUAUGGACUUUGAUUACUUUGAGCAUGUGUCGAUAAGCAGCAACUCCUCUGUCAUUGUGACUCCUAAUAAUGUCAGAAAAACAGGUAAAAGGGAUGCUAGCUCACUUAUGAAAGAUAGAGAGGACCAUGAUCUGUUUCAUGAUGAAAAUGUUUCGCCAACUGUAUAUCUAAGUGCUAGUUCUCAUGGUUCAAAUCCAACCCCACAAAGUGCUGAAAAUGGUAGAUGUUUUGAAAUCGGUGACGAUAAGGAAGUUCUGCUAGUAGCUUGCAUGAACUGUUAUUCGAGGGAAGCGAUGAACUUGGGAGAUCAAGUUGAUGCAGAGAACAAUUUUAAGAAUAACGAUUCUUUUAAAGUGCAUAAGGACAAGAAUGAUCAAUGGGACAAGAUAAAAGAAGAACAUGAAUCUCAAGGCACGGUGAAAUGCAGAGAAAUGCCAUAUCAAAUCAUUUCUAGUGCAGGAUAUUCUUAUUCUGUAAUAAAAAUUGAGGAAACCGAGCCUUCAUUGUAUUCUCCUGAUUGUUACUUCUGCAAUACUAAUUCUUCUGAUAAAGUUGUUCCUCAUAGCAAUGCCACUAGCUCAAUUUUACUGAAAAAGUUUCUAGCAUAUGAAGAGAGAGAGUCUCAAGUUGAUUUGAAGUGCUUGGAUAAUGCUGGUUGCAACCAAUCUGAGGAGUCACUGUCCUGUCAGUCUUAUUAUUUGCCUGAGUCUUGUAAAUGGGAUCAGAAAGGAAAAUGUGCUGCAACAUCAUAUAAAGAUAUCAAAAGUUCAUGUUUUUUGGAGGAUGUCUCACAUGUGGAAAUUACACCUUGUAUACAAAAAGCUUCUGAAGUCUUGUCCACUGAUGGUAAAGAGCUAAACAUCGAUUCUCUGGCUCUGGCCUCAAAUGCUCUAGCUGCAGAUGACUGUGAAAAAUGUUCCACUCUUGGUGAAGAUUCUAAUGAUUUCUGCAAAGGUGACACAACUCAAGACAUUGGACAGCGAGGUCAGAGAGUACUAGAUAUCAUAACCAAUGAUGUUGUCAUCCCUGCUAACUGUGAUCAUCAAGCAUUUCAAUAUGAAAAGGAUCCUGUUUACCAUUCAGAACAUACUCGUGAGGUGCAUAAUAAAGAAGAAAUAAAACAAGAAGAUGAGCACGUGCACUUAGAAAAUUUAGUUGGAACAGAAGAGGGAGGUAUACAAAUAAUACCAAAAGCAAAACCUCAAAAGAAGCUACUGCUAAAAUCAGUCUUGGGUGGUGCAGCUGCUGUUGGUUUGUUGUUUAUGAUUUUGCACUUAAGGAGGAAUGGCGAGGAAAAAGCUGCACAACCAAGUAUAGCAUCUAGUGAUAAAGGCAAAGAGAAGAUUCAGAAAAAAUCUACUCAGAAAGUAAAAAGAAGUACAACAAAAGGAGUUUAUCCAGCUGAAAGGAUCAAUUUAAAGUGAUUAGGAUUUGGGUCUCUUAUGUUCAAACAAUGAUAAUGGUUGAGAAAAGGUAUUAGUUUCAACCUUUGAACCUCGCUGGUUACGGUUCUCCUUUUCACAUUGCAGUUAGCUGAAGUAUAUACAAAUUGAAAAAAAAAUAUACAGAUAUGCUCUGUUUCCUACCACCAUAAAAUGGAAGAGAAAAAUUGGGUAAAAAGAAAAUAAGAGAACCGUGCUAGUUUUUCUCCAUUGCAAGGGAGUGACACACUCCCGUUAAGUUUGAUGAAAUCCUCGAAGGUUGUUUCCUAGUCAAGAGGUUGAAAGACAGUUAUAUUCCUCUAGCGGUGAAUCUCCUGAUCAGUUUAUAUUCAACAAUAUAGUCACAUUCACUUAUCAAUAAAGAACCCGACUCGAGAAGGUAGUUCUAGACAUGUA